AUGCCACACGAAUCCCGACCUUCCUCUGUUCCGGUCACGCUAGUGACUUCAAUCCAGCCUGGAACGACCCAGAGUACGAAGCGCGCAUUCCUAUCUGUGGCGCGAGGAGCCAGAAAGAGAGCCAAGACUUCCGGAUCUAGAAGGCUUGAGGGAGGAGGUCAGGAGUCAACCCUUCCGCUCAAUGGAGGCGUUGAGCAACUGGGGUCCUAUUACGUUACACUGCAGCUUGGUUCUCAGAAAGAAUCAUUGAACACCAUCAUUGACACUGGAAGCGACCUGUUGUGGGUCAGGUGUACUGGCUGUGCAAACUGCCCUCGAAAUACAAGAGCUCGGUCGUUCAAUGCUCAGCAGUCAACGACUCGUCAGAGAAUCGAUUGUGCUGAGUGCAAAGCGAUCAAUGAGACCACCUGCGCUGGUCCAUAUCGGGCGGGGUGUGGAAUCGGCUGCACAAGGCUGGGAGUCCGAGGUCGCUGCAUUGCUGGAUGUGGACCUAACGGCACAAGUCGCUGCAAUUAUGCUGUCAUAUAUGGUGAUGGAAGCUACACGGGUGGAGUUGUGAUGCGUGAUGCCUUAACUCUCCCUGGCCGCCCAGCAGAGAUAUCAGCACCGGUUGCGUUUGGUUGUGAUUUCCAUGAGUCCCAAGGGCUUCUCAAAGAUCCCUUGAUUGGUCUAGUUGGCCUUGGCCAAAGCCCUCUUUCCAUUCCUUCACAGCUAGCGCAAGCGGGAGUUCUUCAGGGGAAUAUAAUAUCACAUUGUUUGGGUGGGGAGGAUGGUGGCGGAUUCAUAACCUUUGGCACACCUCCUAUGGCUGACUCGAGCAUCCAGUUUGUCCCUAUGGGGAAUGACACCACGGUGUACAAUGCAACAAUAUUCGGUAUUCAGGUGAAUGGGGUGGAUUUACAAAUCCCUGCUGGCACGUUUUCUGGAACUGGUGGCAUAAUUGAUAGCGGCAGCACUGCCCUCACACUCCCAGAAGCAGCGUACACUCCUCUGAGAGAAGCAGUAAUCCAAGCUGUUGAUGGGAAAGCUCAAAGGCUUUCUCAGGAGGAAAUUAAUCAAUUGGCUGGUGGGAACGUCGCAUCUGUUUUGAAUCUGUGCUACAAUGUUUCUUCAAGCGAUAUGGCGACGCUGCAGACUGCAUUUCCAACAGUGGCAAUCGUGAUGGAUGGUGCCAAUCUGGAGUUACCACCCCAGAACUACCUAUGGCUUUUUGACAAUUUGGUGUGUUUCUGUGUGUACGACUCAAACAGUGUGGUGGGCCAACCCAUCACUAUAAUUGGAGAUGUAGCUAUGCGCAACAAGUUGGUUGUGUACGAUAGAGGGGCAAGAAAGAUGGGAGACCGACGCUUGCUGCUUUCAAACCUCUUAACGUCGCUAGCGGCGAUCGGCUGGGCAGACUCGGACCUGGACAGGAUCAAUGUGGAUUACAUCCUGUGGUGCGCCACGUCAGGAACACGCGUGGAUAUUAAAGCAGCCAUUUCCGCCCAACCAACGGUCACUCCGAGGGGUGAGGCAGAUUUCGUCACCGCCUCCACAGUCAUUCUCUCCUCCACAGAGCCCUCCGGCCCUCCGCCUUCUCGCCUCGCUCCCGCCUUUCCAGUCCCCUCCCGCACAGUUCCAGAGUUCCCUGCUCCUCCUCGCCUCCCCCCUGAACCCCACCAUCCCCGGCCAGCCUCGGACUUUGGCUCUGCUGCUACAUACGCGCCUCCCGCUCCCAAUGCUCCUUCUGCACCCGCUGCUCCGUCGUUCCGUUCUGCUGUUCCUUCAGCUGCUCCCGGUCAUGUCCCGAGCCAAUCCUUUAGAGCCCACGAAUUCGAUUCAGCAGCAGCAGCAGCAGCAGCAGCAGCAGCAGCAGGAGCAGAAGGCGGAGCAGCAGCCGGAGCAGCACCAAGGAGAGGCUGGGGAGGAGGAGCGCGUGCAAAACCGUCAGUCAGAGCCGAACCAGAAACCCUCCUAGCCCCCCCUCGGCCUCUCUUCCCGCUCUCUCCUCCAGCGCAGCAGCAGGCCCCAGAUUCGCCUCCCCCAGUCAAGCCUAAGGCGCAACAAUUAGCCAAGAAGCUGUUCGCCACGCCGUUCGCGGCGUCACCUGAAGGCUAUUCCACUGAAAGUGAUGUUCGCUGCUCCACAGCGACCGAUGCGACAGGGGCGCUGAACUGGGGGGGAUGGGGACAAGGGUCAACUGGCGCACCAAAACCAGCUGGAGCUGCAGCACCAGCCGCCCCAGGUGGUGCUGCUAGGGAAGCCCCAGCAGGAGCAGGAGGCUCACCAGAUCUAGCAGCAGCUUGGGGAGGCCAGCCUUCCCCAGGAGGCAGCAGGAGUCCCGCUUCCGCCCACCAUUCUUCUGCUCCCCGAUCGGCGGCAGCAGCAGCUGCUCUGAGUGCCCUCGGUGCUGCUACUCUCGCAGCUGGCGGUGACGGCGAUUCGCCAGCUGGCACAGGAGAUGGCGACGCUGCCAGCUCAGCAAGGUUCCGGCUGAAGUGGCCUUUGCGCCAGCUGGCGUCGGGGUUGACGGUGGAGGAGCUUCAAGCGAGCGCAUAUGAAGUGAUGCUGCUGUCAGCAGCAGAGUCUGGGCUUGUGUCUGCACCAGCACCUGGUGCCACCAGUGCAGCCAGCAGCAGCAAGAGCAAGCCGCGGCGGCCGGAAUCCCCCGUGGAGCCCAAGUCCAAGUCCCCAGGUGGCUUCAUGUCCCGCUUCGCCAAGAAAGUCGGGGUCAACGUGGGGCAUUUCAAAGCACCCAAACCUGCUGAUGCUGCCGUGGUGGUGCCCCCUCAGAAGCAGCGUCCUGCCGCUCUUCAUUCCCUCUUCAUCACUUCCCCUCGUCCCCGCUUCUCUCUCGCCCCUUUUCCACAGGUACCCGAGUCUCUCCACGCGCUCGUCCUCUCAGCCCUCUUCCUCCCCCCUCCAUCACACACCGUCGAAAUGCCAUCCCCCAUCAGCCCCCUCUCCGUCAAGCCGGAAACUAAGCGAGCUGCGCUGCCUGUUCCUAUCCUCUGCUCCCCCUCUCUCAACCUAUCCCUCUCCCCCUCUUUCAACCUAUCCCUCUCCCCCUCUCUCAACCUAUCCCUCUCCCCCUCUCUCAACCUAUCCCUCUCCCCCUCUCUCAACCUAUCCCUCUCCCCCUCUCUCAACCUAUCCCUCUCCCCCUCUCUCAACCUAUCCCUCUCCCCCUCUCUCAACCUAUCCCUCUCCCCCUCUCUCAACCUAUCCCUCUCCCCCUCUCUCAACCUAUCCCUCUCCCCCUCUCUCAACCUAUCCCUCUCCCCCUCUCUCAACCUAUCCCUCUCCCCCUCUCUCAACCUAUCCCUCUCCCCCUCUCUCAACCUAUCCCUCUCCCCCUCUCUCAACCUAUCCCUCUCCCCCUCUCUCAACCUAUCCCUCUCCCCCUCUCUCAACCUAUCCCUCUCCCCCUCUCUCAACCUAUCCCUCUCCUCCUCUCUCAACCUAUCCCUCUCCCCCUCUCUCAACCUAUCCCUCUCCCCCUCUCUCAACCUAUCCCUCUCCCCCUCUCUCAACCUAUCCCUCUCCCCCUCUCUCAACCUAUCCCUCUCCCCCUUUCCUGCACCACCAAUGCAGGGUCACGAGUUCAUCACCUCUCCUCCGUCCUCCAAGUGGAGCCGGAAGCUGAGCGAGCUGCGCUGGCUGCUGGUGGGGGGAUUCGCCUGGGGCGGCAGGAGAGGAAACGCGGCAGCACUGGUUGCAGCAGGCGGUGGCAGUGGUGAUAGGCAAGGGAAGCAGCUACCCGUGCUGCCUGGUGCCUGGUGUCCCACCAGAGCCAGCUUAAACGCGUCUCUCUACCAUCAGCUGCUGUCUGCCUGCUGUGAUCCCUCCGACUCGGCCUCUUCCAUUGACCUCCUCUUUGAGAUGGAGGAGAGAAUUGAGGCCCUCAGACCCACGUGGCACCCUUUAGGAGUGACACCUGUCACACACAGUGCCCUCCAAGCGUGGACCCUCUGUCAGAAGGUACACUUGCACUGCCAGGCUUCCAGCAGCUGCGGUGCGAGUGCAGACGGAUUGGCGGCACUAGAGUCCGCUCUGGACUCGUACCUGUGCUGCUGUGACCUGCUGGAGGCGGGCCGGAAGAGGAGCAGCCGCAGACACACGGCCCCUGGAGCACCACCAACCAUGGAGCGAGUGGAAGAAGUACUGGAGUUCGUGCACAUGUCAGUGCUAUCCUCCUUCAACCGCGCCUGUCUAGACGCCAUGGCAGCAGCAGCAGCAGCAGCCAAAGCCCAGAAAGACGCACAGGACCAGGACGGUGACGGUAGCUCCUCCUUCUCUUUCCCAGACUCUUCCACGGACGGACCUGCUUCGGAUUUUAGAGCAGCAGGGGCGGGCGGAGAGGUGGGAUUGGCUCAAAUGGCUGAGCUGGCAAGCGUGAUUAUAGAGAGGGAGGCUGGGGGCAUGGCGGGGCUGGGCGAAGGGCGAGCAGGGAAGGGAGGAGGGAGAGGAAUAGGAGGACCCGUUCCUCUCAGUGGUGUCAGAGCUCCACCCCGAGUGCUGCAAGGCAUUCUUCGUGCAUUCUUAUCAGAUUCCACCACUCCCAACGCCUCCCCCCUGUCUUCUUGUUAUCCAUCACCCACCCAUCAGGACCCGUUCCUCUCAGUGGUAUCAGAGCUGCACCCCGAGUGCUGCAAGGCAUUCUUCGUGCAUUCUUAUCAGAUUCCACCACUCCCAACGCCUCCCCCCUGUCUUCUUGUUAUCCAUCACCCUCCCACCCAUCAGGACCCGUUCCUCUCAGUGGUAUCAGAGCUGCACCCCGACUGCUGCAAGGUGUUCUCUGCCGUAGACGCGUUCGACAGGCGCGUGCAGCAGGUGGUGCAGGCAGAGAUCGACCCUGUGAUGAAGCGUCUCUUCUCAGCCUGGGUGUCAGCGCAGCAGCAGAAGCUGCAAGUGUGGAUGGAAAGGGGCGUGGAGGCAGAGACGUUUGAGCCAGCAUCAGAUACACUCAAGCACGGGGCUUCUGCAGUGGAUGCAGUGCGGCUGGUAGAAGAGGUUCUAGAGCAGUUUUUUCGCCUUGGCCUGCCUCCCCGCCUGCCCAUGCUACAACAAAUCGUCCACAGCACCGACACCCUCAUGAGCGCCUAUGUCGCCAAAAUCGCUGCUCUCGGCCCCAGGGACGACCUCAAGCUGCCUCCGCCCCCUCUCACGCGCUUCAAAGAGGACUUGGCCCAGCGGCUGGCUGAUAAGGCGGAGAGAAGGGCUGAGAGGGAGGAGCGGGUGCAGAAGGGGAAGGCGGGGUACUUGGAGGGGCUGUGGCAUGUGAGGAAGGGCGUGGGGGGUGGGGGAGCGGGAGUGGGAGUGGGAGGGAGAGGUGCAGUGAGGGCUGUGGAUGCGGCGAAAGCGGCUGCAAUUGAUGCGCUGACUGUGAAGAAGCUGUGUGUUCGGAUCAACACACUGGAGUUCGUGACAGCGGAGCUGGACAAAUCUGAGAAGGCUCUCUGUGAGCGCUGGGACGAGUACGCUCCGCACCUCAAGAUCGAUGACAUGGCAGCCGUGGCCCCGUCGCAGCUCGCCUCCUCCCUGGCCUUCCGCCUCUCCACCGAGGGCGUGGCAGGACUCAAGAGGGGAAGCUUCUAUGAGCAGACUACCACGCUCGCUGCACAGCGCAUGCAGACCCUCUCGGACUACCUCGGCACCAAGGUGGUGUGGUGGGACCUGAGGGAGGCGUUUCUGGAGGAGCUGUAUCGUGUGAGCGUGGAGUCAUGCCGCAUGAGCAACCUCAUGCUCAAGCUAGACCCGGUGUUAGGCGAAAUUGUGGAGACCGUCUCAGACUCUCUGAGGGACCGUGUCGUCACCUCUCUCCUGCACUCUGUUCUGGAGGGCCUGCUGCGUGUGCUUCUGGAUGGCGGGCCUCUGCGGGUGUUCGCCCAGUCAGACUAUGAUGCCCUGGAGGAUGACCUCCGCAUUCUCAAGGAGUUCUUUGUGGCGAAUGGCAAUGGCUUGCCACAGGAGGUGGUGAACAAGGCAGCAGCUCAGGUGCAGCAAGUGCUCAACUACUACUCCCUCGACACUGCUGACGUCAUUUUGGUGUACAAACAAGCAGCGGGUGCCAGUCAAGCGGCAGGAGGGGCAUUCCGGGCGUCAUCGUUUGUGAAAGGGGGUGGCGUAGGGGUCACUGGGCACGAUGCACAUGGGGCCGGCGCUGUCGUCUGUGACAUGUGUGGUGGCACUGGCAAGUGGAAGGCACUGAACCGCAAGAGAGCCAAGGACACGUACGAAUUCACUGAAUGCCCCAACUGCUACGGUCGAGGCAAGCUGGUGUGCCCGGUGUGUCUGGGCACGGGAGUGGGGAAUGCCAAGGGGCUGCUGCGGCGGCCUGAGUCAAAGCAGCUUCUGGAUCAGAUGUACCAUGGUCGCCUGCUGCCCCCUUCCUAG